CUCACUCAUCGUAUAAACAUCGAAAGACUAUAACGCUACAUUCUACCAUAUUUACUACAUCGAAACUAUAUAGAUUUUGGUAUUAAUUUGUGUUUGCUAAAAGAAUAAAUAGUUGUUUAAUUUUAAUUUAUCUGGACUUGAUUAUAGUACUUAGUAACAAUUUAGAAAGGAUUUAGAAAUCAGCACGAAGGUUACAGUUUCCUCACAAUGGACGCAACAAUGGAAAACAAAAUGGGCCUGCCGCCACCAUACGAGUCAACGGCCACAUUUCCAGCACCACCACCCUCUUACUUCGGCAGUAACCCGCCACCACCAGGCAUAAAUGUACCUUCGGCACCACCGAGGACUACAGUCAUCACCUCCCCACCUGUAGUUACAGUUGUACGACCAGGAAAACUAGGACCGGGCCCCACGGGUACCACGUGCGCGACGUGCAACAAAUCCAUAGUGACCAGAGUCGAAUACGUAGCCAACAAUCGAACACACAUCGCUUCCGCAGCUCUAUGUAUUUUAGCUGGAUGCUGCUGUGGCUGCCUCAUACCUUACUGCAUGAGAUCAUGCAAGACCACCAACCACUACUGUCCUUCAUGCAAAGCUUUCAUCGGCACUCAUAUGCCGUCCUGAUUAAAUACUGCUAGGUGCGAAUCAGGCUCCACAAUCUUAAAGUAUUAAAACGCUAAAUAGAAUCUUAUAUGGCCACACUCGAAUUGAAUUGUAUUUGAAUACAUAUAUAUAAACAUGUAGAUAUAGUUAGUAUUAAUAACUAAUUUCGAAUUGUCUGAUACAUGUAAGUUAUAGCAUUAGGUCUUGCCUUAUGACUACUCUAUCUCUCAAGUUUUAUAGAAAUCUAUUUGUAUUUAAAACGGCGGUAUUCUAAUCGGUUUGUCAUUCUUCGUAUAAUAAUGUAUUUAAUGUAUAUCACUGCGAAGCAUGCAACUGUUGGUAUUUGUUUAUAUUUUCUUUAACAACAAAUGGGUUCUACAUGAUAUUGUCGAAGUGAACAAUCAUUAGCAGGAAUGCCGUUAUGAAUGUACAUUGCCUGUAUAAUUUCUACCUAUUCAAACCGUUGACUGUAUUGUAUAAAUUGAAUUACCUAUAUAUAUUAUGUGUUAUACAAAGGUACUAAUUAAGCAGACUUUGGAAAAAUGACGCCAUAUGGAUAUAUUCAGAGCUAUUUAUUUUUAUCUAACUUCGAACUUGGAUUCGCCCGGGAUCCAUUAAUAUACAAAACUAGGGCACAAACCACUGAUUUUACACAAUCAAAGUCGCAACUCCAGUAGUAAUAUUUUCUAUUGAAGUUUAGUUAAUAAUUAACUAAACCUCAAUAGAGAAAACGCUAAAAC